AUGACCACCUUUAUCAAGGAACACAAAUGGGUCAACAACCAUGGCCAGCCCCCUUCCAAGAGACGGAGGAUCAAUGCUGCGUAUGUGGUUUUUCUUUUCUUUCUUUUUUUUUUCGUCUAUCUCUCUCCCUCUCUUUCUCUCUCUCUGUACCGCUGGACCAGCUCUAAAAAUAUUCCUAGAUGCUUGACAUGUCGCAAAAGGAAAACCCGGUGCGCGGGCGAGAGACCGGUGUGUUCGACAUGUGCCAAAAAUGGCCACACUUGUCUCGGCUACAACGAUUUGGAUGAGAAGAAGAGGCCAGCAAAUGGAGGGCCGUCAGAUGCACAGGAUUAUGGGGACGACUACACAAAGCACGAGCAUGAGGAGAACUACCUGAACGGUGAGAACGUGGAGGUCAAGAUGGAGCCUCAGCAGAUGUGGCAGAACCGUGGUGAGGAUAACUACGCCAACGAUGGGAAUAAAAAGGGGGACCAACGAUUUUGGAAGAGUCAGUCACAGUCACAUUCGCAACAACAACAGCAGCAGCAACAACAACAACAACAACAACCACAGCAGAAGCCACGUAUGGCGGGCUUUGUGGAUGCGGAUGCGCUUUCUAGACAGGACUCGGUAUCAACGGCUACUGUGACGUCUGGCCGGCGGCGGAAACACAGCAAUGAUUGGGAUCAGGACGAUAACUCUCAGAAAUCGAAUAACCGGAGCUCGAGUAACCGGUCGCCUGUUGAGCAUCAGCAUCAGCAUCAGCACGAAAGUCACCGGGUGCCCUACUUUAGGUAUUUUGGGCCGACUGCCAUCGUCCCAGGCUUCAAGCAGAUGGUGGUGGACAUCUCGCGCGAGAUUCAUCGUGAUAGGCGCAAGAGUCGGGGCAGUUCCUUCUCGACAACAUCACCAGGGUCAUUGUACGGGUGCGGUGCAGGGCAGCACCAUUUCACCAACCCGGGAACCGAGUUCGACAGUCUCGAAGACAUUCCGGUUUAUGACGUGAACGAUUCGAAUCCGGUUCACCCUUUGAUCCUCAACCUCGCCAUAACCUUCUUCACUCACCUUGGUUGCAACUAUCAGUUUAUGCGAAAGGAUAGGACCCUGCGCAUGCUCAAGGAAAAGAGACUGGAGCCCAUCUUGGUAGAUGCAAUGUGCGCUUUGGCAGCUCGCUUUUCUGACGACCCCAUCUUCAUCAACCCACAUGACGGAAAAGAAAAGAGAUCAGAGUUCGGGCAGGUGUUCGCUCGGCGUGCCAAAGCGGCCACGGUGGACACUUUCCCAUGCCCAUCCGUUGCUGCUGUGCAGGCCUGUCUUUUGAUGGCAUACGAAGGGUUCGGGGCAAACCAGGACAGCGCUCUCUGGAUGUAUUUGGGCCUGGCCAUCAGGAUGGCGGUCGAUCUCGGUCUUCAGAAGCUGGAAGGUGUCAAGUACCAAGGUGAACGAGAUCCUUGGUACACGAGAAGCUGGAGCCGGAAAAGCAACGAUGGAUCCGAUGAACCCGAGGGAAAGCGAAACGACGAAGAGGUUUUGGGGCCGCACGAGCAGCGCGAGGUGGAACAGGAGCGCAUGGAUACCUUUUGGGCUGUCUUUGUUCUGGACCGUGUCAUAUCGUCGGGAACAGGACGUCCAGUCACGUUCCGUGACGACGACUUUGAGCUGUCUCUUCCGGAGCACGCCAUCGAUCCGGUCUCGGGCUGGCCCGACCCCUUCCCGCCGUUCAUCGAGAUCAUCCACCUGUACGGCAGAGUGUCGGAUGUUUUGAACAAUAUCCGGGAUGCCAACGACCUCACCGAGGAGAAGAUGCAGAAGCUUGCACAGAUGGAGAUUGACUUGAGCCACAUUUACAAGAAGCAGGAUUCGCGGCUCCAUUUUGACCCUGCCAACUUUCGAAAGUAUGUCGAGGCAGGAAAAGGCACCAUCUUUAUUCUGCUGCACUUUUGGUUCCACGCUCUGAUCGUUGUCCUUCAUCAGCCGACGCUGUUGACUCCGUUUUACAGCCUCAGACCGACUCAGUUGCUGCCGAACAGCCGGGAGCUCUCCAUGUCGAGUGCCAAAACCAUUGCUGACAUCCUCGCCUUUGCCGACCUGAUCGACCCAAAGAGUUUUAUCGGGAACCCGUUCACAUCCCAGCCAAUUUACAUCGCUGCAUGUGCCUUCUUGAUGGAAUCUGGAGCGAAUGCGUCACACCCCCCUUCGCGAGAGCCAUCACCUUCUCCAGAAGCCAAGUCUCGCUUUUUCAAAGGCAUCCCUGGGAAAUUGGGCCCAUCUAUUGACCCCCGACAGAAACACUCACUCCUUGUCUCUGCUGCCAAUUCGAACUACACGCGGUGUUACAAGUCUCUCCAGCAACUGCAGCAGUACUGGGCGGGCGUCGGUUACAUUCUCAACGCCCUGGACCAAAAAUCAAAGGGCAUCUGGGACUGCGAGACGUUCACAAAGGAGGAAUACGAACCCAUCACGCUGGCCCGUCGUCGUUCACUGGAACGCUUGCCGCGAUUUGAGCAUCCCGCCUCGCCCAACGUUCCACCCAUCGCAUACUCUCUUACUGGGACCACAAACUCGCCAAACUCGAACCUGACGGUCUUGUUCCAGAAUCCAGCAAAUACCACACUUCAGCCCAUACCGCCACCUCCACCUCUCUCGGUUCCCGUGUCUGCCGCAACACCUCCUGGGAACAUGACAUAUGAUCCCGUCCGGCAAAGCCUUCCAGACACUCCAUCUGCUAUGCUCCCGCCGGCCUAUCCCCAAGCCAAUAUUUCGGCUCUGCGCUACCAGUCGAGAACCCCCAAACUGUCCAGGUUACCACAAUCGCCGGCAAUGGGCAAGUCCCUACUAAAAUACGAAUCCUCCCCCUCUGUCGACUUAGACCUGCAAACACCCCCACCCGCAGACAGACAUCAGAGGCAGAACCACCACCCCACGCAUCAUCAGACCAGCCACAACAACAACAACAACAACAACAACAACAACAACAACAACAACAACAACAACAACAACAACAACAACAACAACAACAACAACAACAACCAGAACCACCACCACAUCCCCUCCUACGCCUCCUCCUCCUCUUCCACCACCACCCACCACCACCACCACCACCACCACCACUCCUCCAACACCUCAAGCUACAAAACCUCGACCGCGCACGAGGGGUCCCCUUCCACAACCCCGACAGAUUCCGGUUUGCACCACUACCAGCACAAUUCCCACGACCAUCAUCACGGGAAUCACCACGACAACCAUCACGACGAUAACAGCGUAGGUCAUAACGAGUACGAGACAGAUUUUAGUCAUGGUGGGUUGGUUUCAGGGGGAGGAGGAGGAGGAGGAGGAGGAGGAGGAGGGGGAGGGGGGUACGGGUACUUGGAGAUUAAUCCGAUAAGCGAGGCGAUUACUUCGAAUAGCUUUGAAGUGAAUUUUGAUAUGUUGGGGCUGCAGAGCGAUUUGAUGAUGCCGCCUUGGUUGGAGACUUUACCUGGGGAGGUGCUGGGGGGGUUGUUUGAGGGGGGAUUGAUGCAUCAUGGGCAGCAUAUGUGA